UCACAAUACAUUUUAAAUCUAAUAAAGAAUAUUUAUUUUUCUUAUUAUAAUGUGCUAUGUACAGUACCAGAUGACAGAGUAUCCUCCCGGCGCAACUUGGACAUACCAGAGGCAUUGGAUACCUUGGAACGUUGCUACAGACUCCUUGCAUCAGCUAGACCGAUACGAACACCACUAUCUGCAUCGUCUAACAAAUCUACACCACCCCAUGUUUUAGGAAGAUUCCUCAAACGUCAAGUAUUCGAUUUAAUCAAAUAUAGAAUAACUAAACUUGAUCAUAACCUUUUUGAUGUCAUAUGGCCUGCUGUUAAAAAGUUACCAGACAAUAGAAAUGUUGUACAGAUCGUAGAAGAAGAUUUUCCUGGUGGAGUAACAGCUCCUGAUUACUACGUAUAUGAAGUUUUUACAGAAUUUAUGACUCCACUCAUCAAAGAUCUUCACAACAUAAAUAUUAACUCUGACUUUCCACAGCAUCCUAUUUCUGAUUUCAAAAAAAACUCGCUACUUUCAGAAUCAUCACAGCCAUUAGUCGAGAUAAAUAUAGAUUCUGGCGAUGAUUUUGUACUCACAGGUACAAUGGAGUGCUCGAGGAAUUUAAGUGGAUUUGAAUUGCCAUUGAAUCUUAAGAUUGGUAAAUUAGAAUUCGUCGAAAGAAUAAUAACAACAGUUUUAAUGCGAGACGAUUUUGCAAGAAUCAUAGAACAAUUAAGUCCUGAAUCGGACCAGAAAGGUGGUUCAUAUUAUACGCUGAAUGAAAUAUUAGAGAAACCUUCUGAAAUAUGUGCAGCAUUAGCUGCAACUGGUGUAUUAAUUUCACUUUGCGAAAGGGAAGAAAUUGAUGAUUGCAAUCGUCUUCAUGGCAAACAAUGGCCAUACGGCCGUGGAGUAUUUGUGAGUGACGACAAAACUGUAGCAGUUUGGAUUAAUGUUCACGACCAUUUACGUGUAGUAACGUCAACGCCCGCAGAUGCUCCAGGAGAAAUUGGACUCACCUUUAGCAAAUUGUCUUGUAUUAUGACGUAUUUACAUGAAAAGCUUGAUUUUGUAUUUGACGAGAAGCUUGGUCAUUUGUCGAGUCGGCCAACUUUUCUUGGGGCCGGUAUACGUUUUAGUCUCAUUGUAAACUUUCCGGGGCUCUCUAAAGAUAUAGAUAAUAUAAAGCACUUGUGCGCAGUUAGGGGUCUGCAAUACAGAGAAACUUUAAGUCCUGAUAUAGCUAGAAUAAGCAAUUAUCAGUGUCUAAGCAUAACUGAAUCGAAUUGUUUCAACGACUUCGUUACAGCCACUUCAAAUCUUUUACAUCUAGAGAAAGAUGUAUCAAUGCAAAAUUCUGCCCACAUUACGACCAUGCUGAGUAAUAUAUUCCGUAGAAAAAGAAGCAGUUUAGCUGAUAUUCACGACAUAGAAAAAUUCCAAGCUAAAACUAAUUGAUAGAUCUUAUAUAUUUUUUUUUUGUUUCGUAUAGAUUAAUAGAGUAAUAUUUUGUAGCGCUUAAAUAUAUUUAAAUUCGUUUUCUUAUACGUGAAAAUUAACUAGACAAAGGUGCACUGUGGAAUAUGCUGCCAAAGGAUAUUUUUUAUUCAUUUAAUAAAAAAAGAGUCGACAAAACUUUAGGUCAGUAUCUAUUAAUGUUACGUGUUCGUAGAAAGCUAGCGUUCGUGUGAACAUUUCUAUUGAGUGACGUGUUUACUAAGCAAUCGCUUUAUCACCGUCAAUUUUAAAACAGCCAACGCUUUUGUAUACUAAAGCACUAUGCUGCACAAGGCACCUUUGUCUUUCAAUGUAUGUAGCUGUUAUACGUAUAACUUUUGUUUAUUUUUAAGUGAUGUCCCAAAAAGUGAACUUCCUGUAAGAUAUAUUUUAUAAUGCGAGUAAUUAUUAAUGUGACCUAAAACUACGAUAAACUGUUAUAAUGUACCUAUGUUUAGUUUAGCUUUCAUAACUUACGCUCCUACCAUAAGUGAGUAUAGUAGCCAACCAUGGAGUUGGGACUGUGGUGGCUUUGGGAGGUAGCAGGUUUUAAGGAUCCUUCGAAAAACACCAAUUAGUUUGAAACUUCAAGGGUCUCUAAGCCAACGGUUGCCAUGAAGCCUGUCUGGCGAAUGGGGCUAUCAUUUCUCAUAUUAUGCUGAUAAAAAUGAAA